UGUCGUACGGAGUGGGAUGAGGUCAGGUGCUGGUACCAGGCUGAUGUGGGCCAGAUUGUCAACGUGUCUUGCUCAGACGUCUCCCAGCUCUUCGCCAACAAAGGUAAUGAUGUCCAACAUUUCACAUUUAACUUUUGACCUAUCCUUUGACCUUUGAGCAAUUGGUUGCUGGGCAGUUUUGCCUAGACAAUAUGCCUCUGAUUCUGCUUAACCUUUGGGGUCUAUAGGCUGGGUAACUGCAUAUGCAUUUUGUGCCAACUGCUGAUAUUAAAAGGGCUUUAUAAAUACUUUUCAUAGAUUGAUUGACCUUUAAACAUGGCCUUAACCCACACAGCUCAGUGGGGAGAAGUUUAUAUAAGCAGAACCACUGUAGCUUCUGAAGAGGUGAAAGGGAGGAUGUCAGUGUGUUUCCUGAUCAAUCCACUGAUGUAUAUCGAAAGAUCAGAGGUGAAAGCUUCUACUGUUUACUGUUGCUAUUAGAGUUGCUAUUUUGGGUAAUUAAUAACGCAUGCGAACACCAAUGAUACUAAUCAGUUGGCGAAUAAAGGCUUCUGCAUGCUUCAGUUCGGCUGGUGCCUACCCGAACUCGGCUAGGUUAACCGCCUGAUCAUUAUUUUAUGCUCCCUUGGCACAAAACUACCUCCAUACUUCCAUUCGUUUACAUGGGUUACUGUUAGACGAGUCCUGUGACACUUGUGGUGGUCGUAGAGAAAAAUGGAGAACUCCAUCAUGUUCAUGAGAGUCUCCGCUUUCCAUAGUGGUGUGUAGCUCAAAAUGUUCAGACGCUACAGACAGAAGUUGGCACAUCAGUGUUACCGACUUCAGACGAGUCCCGUGACAUUUGUGAGGGUCGUAGAGCAAAACACAGUAGUAUGUUAGCCAGCAAUACACAACAUGGGUUUCAGUAGACAAACUAAAGUUAGCUAGCUAGCUAGGUGGCUUGCAGGAAAGAUAACUUACAUAGCUAGCCAACGUAUGCCACCUGCUCUCUUGGUGCUGGCAUCGGCUGAGCUUCUAGCUAAAUGCAACUCUUUGUUUCAAAUCCUCUUUGCUAUUUUCCGGUUGAAACGUAUGGAUGAAUGUCACCAUGUAGCUAAUAGAACAUAAAAAAUGCUCCAUUGUCAAUUUUGUGUUGAUGAGAGGAAUCACUUGAAGCCAUUGCAGUCUGGUCAGUUCUUUCAGUUUUUUCCAAUGGAUUGUGUAGUUAGUGUCCGCUUCCCUUUCAAAUUAGCCUGCCUUGUGGGAGGGACGGGGCCAGAGCACAAAGCACCGCCCCACACGAGUUGUAGUCUUCCAGAGACUGGAAAAAAUAGGUCAGCUUGUGUAUUUAGCAAUGAAUCCGCCGAUAGGAACAUCGCUGAAAGACAUCCAAUGAAUCUAUCAAAUAAGGACAACCAUAUCUACACGCACAAAAAAAUAGUGCAAUCAGUAUAACAUAAAGCCUUCGUGAAAUGCCACAAAGCUGCCUUCCUCCUGGGCAAUUAUGUGUAAAACACAUAUCACUGACCUAGAAAACAAGCCUAGAUUCCCCCAGGGUGAAAUUCCCCUUUAACGGGACAAGGUGACAUCACCUGAACUCUAAUUUUAAUACACCAAUGGUAACAUGAUAUUCUCUUACCUAAUUUAAAUAACUACCGCCUUGUAACCAACAUCGGAGAAGGCGUGUUUGCACAGGGGUGUGGUUUAAAUAGCUAGAUAGCUACUCUACUGGUGCCAAAAUUUGACUGUAGGAUGUCAGUAAAUAUAAUUACAAGUUUACCCUAUUCAUCUAUGGCAAAGAUAUUUAUUUGUUUCCCUUUUCAUCUGUGUCUGGUGUUAGCUAGUUAAUGGCUAGCUAGGUCUUCAGGCAGCAUGGAACAAAAGGGGGUGAAGGGUCGUUCAAAACUCCAACCCAGUUUUCAAAUCAACAUAUCCGUCAGUGCUGCUGUGAACUGCGUCACAAAAGACAUGCCAAACGGGAGGUGUUAAACAAAUCUUUGAUACCUGUAGCUAGGUUUACAUCCAAUUUGUGACAGAUUUUCAUUAGACCAUUCAAAAUCUGCAUAAAACAAUAUGCGCAUUUUCCCACCAGAGAUGUUUCCACUUUUUGCAGAUGAAAGGCUAUGCGUGAUAAAGUAGUGCACAUAAAAAUUACUUUUACCGUUAAAUUCAAUGAAAAAUAGAAGUUAACCUAGAGUUGAUGUCCGUGCCCCCGCGGAAAUCUAAUUAGCAUAAUAAACAAAUUCCCAUCAAAUCCGUCCGUUUAAGCUAUAGAUAUCUGGGGGGUUUUGCACUGGUACAGCUGAUCUGCCAACUUCUGUCUGUAGCGUCCGAACAGUUUGGGCUACACACUAAUAUGACCCCUCUGUGGAAAGGGGAGACUCUCACAAACACAUACAAGUUGUUUUUCUCUUGGACGCCCACAGGCCUCACAAGAAUCAUCUGACGGUCCCCGGGAACCAGUUGAAAAAAUUAAUGGAAGUAUAUAUGGAGACUGUUUAGUGCCAAAAAUAAGAGGUUGAAUACAUGUAAAAUAAAUAAAUGAUUGGCUGGGGCACUAUCAGAAUAAGACCCUCGAUAUUUUUGGAAAGCUCAUCACCUUGCAAAUUCACCACCCUGUGAAGUUCAUCAUAACUUAUUUCAUCUGUAGCCUAAUAAACUGCAUGCUUUCCCGAGUCGUAGUGGGAGGACCACACAACAAAUCAUCACGUGACUCCAAGUUUACAUUAGGUGUUUCCACCGCCAUUUCUCAUAUAAUACAUUUUACUGACACAAAAAGAUCCCACCAUGUCGAACGAACAAAUUGUCUGUCAGCAUUUAUAAAAUUGUAUCGGCAUUUUCUGUUUCCAUCAGCCCGGUCGUGACCUUUUUCAUCCGUCAAGGGUUAUUCAUCCGCAUUAAAUGGUUGGAUGGAAACGUGGUUUGUGAUGCAAUUUCAAUGUUGUUUGAGUUGCUUUGUGUUUCACCAAAUUUGCUUGAGAUGAUUGUACUGCAACACUUCUCACUGCAUCCAAGUUGCUUGACAUAGGCGUUUGAAAGAGCUGUCAGUCAGGGCGAGCUCAUGAAUAUAAGUUCCCGCCCACUCAGCCUGUCUUUUCAAACUUCCUAGUAGUUAGCGAUGAGAGAAAAAAAUAUUUUUAGAAUGACUGUUCAGGACGUUUAAUACUAUAUUGUAGAGGUGGCAGUCUAUCAGAAGAUUGAAGGCCUGGCUUAUUGGAGGCCUGGCUUUCACAUAUAUAUUUUUGGCCAACCGUUAGAGUAAAUGUCAUCAUGUUAAGUUUGUACACUGCAAAUUUAAAUGUACAUUAAAUAUCUAAGCAUUUUACCAUUGCUGAUAACAUAUAGUAAUAAAGAGACUUGAGGAACUCAUACACCACUGUAAGCCUCACCAAAGCUACAAAACUGUCAGUGUUCAAACAUAUAAUGGGAUGAAAAUGCAACAGAACAGAUUAUCAGGAAUGACAUUUACCCCCACAGGUGGCUUAAAAAGAUCCAGCUGAAAGCCACACCCCUACUAAGCCAUGCCUCCAGUCCAGGGUUCCCCUAGGAACCUUUUGCUACAUUGAAACGUUAAAGGUUCCUUCAAGAACCCCUCAACUAACCAAAGGUGCAAGUAUGAAUCCAGUGACUGAUGUCCAGGGUUCCUUGAGGAUGUCCAGGGUUCCUUGAGUGACCACUAAUUCUAAGAGUGUACACUAAAGAAAACAAACACUGUUAUAGCCUCUCUCAUGGCUCGUAAAAUGGUUGACAUUGGAUAAGGCGUGUAAACAUGACACAUUCAUCACUGUGUGUGUGUGUUUUAUGUUCUUAAAAUGACUACACUGAGAACGUCUCCAUGGAGUCAGAAACACACUCGUUGGAAAUAUGUGUGUGUAGACCAAUAUGCAUGUGUGACUGCAAGGAAUUAUGUAGUGUGUGUUGGUUUGAUAUGUGUUGACCAAUAUUCAUGGGUAAGUUUAGGGAAAUUUUCAAUGUUUUUGGUGUGGAGGUUUGUGUAUAUGGCUUGUACUUCUCAAUGACAGGAAGAGCAAAAGACAGGGAGUGUGUGUGUGAGAGGGGGGGAGAAAUAAUUGAAAUUACAAGAGAAAGGAAAAAAACCCUUGAAGCAUUAUCUCAGUGAAACUUGAGCUUGGACUUAAACUUUAAGAGUGAGUGGGAGGAGAGGACGGGGGCUGUCAAUGUCAUCGAUGACCUCAUAACUCAAUUAAGAGUGGGAGCUAGCCUACAGAGCGCUCCCUGGAUCCCCUCCCCCGCAGACUCAGUCAACGAUAAGUACACCAGAGGCACUGAGAGCCACUGAGAGCCAUGGAGGGAAAAUAAAGAAAUAAAACAAAAUCAAAAGGUUCAACUGAGAGAGUGAGGAGGAGUGUGAGGAUGAGCGUUAUUGAAGCUUGUUAGCCACAGUAGUUCAGUCUCUACUGUCUCUGGAGUUUUAGCCUUAGCCCUCAGUUAUGCUAUGUUACCGCUAGGCUAGAUAGCACAGAUGAGCCAUCCACUCACCCACCAACCCUCUCUUACUAUGGCUGCAGGGCUACAGGCCUCCAUGCUACGGCUACUAGCCACUUUAUGCUAAUGCUAAUACAGGAUCUAAAAUCCCAAUGGCAACUUUUCAGUCAAGCCGCCCACUCUUCACUAUACUGUUCAAUCCCCCACAUUCAUUCUCCUACUGCUCACCGUCUCACUGUGGAGCAAGGUACUGGAAGUGUGCAGUUAUCAUUUAUUAUCCAUAACAGCCAAUAGACAGCUUCCCAGUCCCACUGUGUUAAACCCUCUUUCAUUUCCUUUUUGUGAGCCCCUGCACACAUAUGCGCGCGCACACGCACGCACGCACGCACGCACGCACGCACGCACGCACGCACGAACGCACGCACGCACGCACGCACGCACGCACACACACACACACACACACACACACACACACACACACACACACACACACACACACACACACACACACACACACACACACACACACACACACACACACACACUCACUCACUCACUCACUCACUCACUCACUCACUCACUCACUCACAUUCCCCCUCACACACUCUCCUCUCAACCUUGUGACGACCUCAUACUCUGAUUCAGGGUACUUGCGGAACUUUGUGAGAGUGUUCAGUCAUCCCAUCCACACUCCAGGCCAUGGUGGGAGAGAGAGAACACCAUCCUCUGCUUCUAUUCUGCUCUACUCUUCCAUCUCAUUCAUCUCGUUCAUAUUUAUCACAGCCCGUUCGUGAUUGGCUGAUGACAAUGGACUGACUGGAGUGGACAAGGGGACGUUUUUUCAAGGUUGUAAAAUGUCAUGUCUGCUCACUGUCAUUGAACUAAUGCAUAGCAUAAACAACUGCAUGCACACACACACUUAUUUUGCGUUCUGUCUGAUAUAGGGAUGCUAUAGUCUAAAUUACCUCUCAUCAGUAUAAUGGUUAUUCUAUGGGAACUGACACAAUUGUCUACCUCCACACCCUGUUUAUUCACCAUCUCAGGAAGCUGCUGUGUUUAUAUAGGCCUACUGAGCUGUUAUGAAGGUGUCAUUAGUGCAUAGUAAUUCAUUACUUAUACAGUGGGAGGCCAGAGGCAGGAGACAGAGGGCAGGAGAUAGCAUAGUGGAAUAUGCUUAGUCUGCAAAAUAAACACAACAUCUAUUCUCAAAACCAUAAUCAAAUCUCAUGAGUGGGUAAAUAGCAUCAUCCACGCAAAACUGAGAGCGUGGACCAACGCAUUCAACUCUGGUCGGAUUUCUGGGGAUAUGGAUGAAUACAAAACGACACUAAUUCAAUCAACGUGUAGCUCUCAUAGUCAAUAAACUGUACAUUGUUAUACAAUGGGUGGUUCUAAUCCUGAAUGCUGAUUGGUUAAAACCGCAUUCCAACUGGUGUCUAUUCCACAAGUUACCAUCGGCUAAAUCUAUGAUGUUAAAAUGCCUAUUUACUCUGUUCCAUCUGACUGCGCAAUCCACUGUCUCAUCAGCCCAGCCAGACAAUUUAUAAACUUGAUCUCCACUAUAAAAAGCAUCUAGACAUUAUCUCACAUUUCUUUUAGACUAACAUUUAGUUUUUAACAGCAGAGAUUUGUAUAAACCUUGCAGUCUCUCUUUCCGACAUUUGCAACAUCGUUUCAAUAUUCAAAUUCGAUCUCCAGCUGUCCCAUAGUAAUGAACGUGUCAGGACGAGAGACAGGCAGGCAGUAUUUCUCAGCCAGUCGAAAUCAUGAAUCAGCUGGCAUCAUUUCUAUGGAUAAAUACAAAGAAAUGUACAUUGAAAAAUGGUAAAACGAAGUGCAGCUAGUUUGCAGUCUUUCCAGCUUCAGUUUGAAGUGAUUGUGUUAGCUGUGUUGCUGGUUAGCUACUCUGAAUAACAGAGAGCACAUUUUCUAUGCCAGGCAAAUUGUCAUUGUCCUGUUGAAAAACAAAUGAUAGUCCCACUAAGCCCAAACCAGAUGGGAUGGCAUAUCGCUGCAGAAUGCUGUGGUAGCCAUGCUGGUUAAGUAUGCCUUGAAUUCUAAAUAUAUCACAUACAGUGUCACCAGCAAAGCACCCCCACACCAUAACACCUCCUUCUCCAUGCUUUACGGUGGGAAAUACACAUGCGGAGAUCAUCCGUUCACCCACACCGCGUCUCACAAAGCCAAGGCGGUUGGAACCAAAAAUCUCUAACUUAGACUCCAGACCAAAGGAAACAUUUCUACCGGUCUAAUGUCCAUUGCUCGUGUUUCUUGGCCCAAGCAAGUCUCUUCUUAUUAUUGGUGUCCUUUCGUAGUGGUUUCUUUGCAGCAAUUCGACCAUGAAGGCCUGAUUCACGCAGUCCCCUCUGAACAGCUGAUGUUGAGAUGUGUCUGUGACUUGAACUCUGUGAAGCAUUUAUUUGGGCUGCAAUCUGAGAUGCACUUAUCCUCUGCAGCAGAGGUAACUCUGGGUCUUCCAUUCCUGUGGUGGUCCUCAUGAGAGCCAGUUUCAUCAUAGCGCUUGAUGGUUUUUGCGACUGCACUUGAAGAAACUUUGAAAGUUCUUGAAAUGGUCCGCAUUGACUGACCUUCAUGUCUUAAAGUAAUGAUGGACUGUCGUUUCUCUUUGCUUAUUUGAGCUGUUCCUGCCAUAAUAUGGACUUGGGGUUUUACCAAAUAGGGCUAUUUUCUGCAUACUCCCUCUACCUUGUCACAACACUACUGAUUAGCUCAAACUCAUUAAGAAGGAAAUUAAUUUAAAUGCAUUCCAGGUGACUAUCUCAAGAAGCUGUUUGAGAGAAUGCCAAGAGUUUGCAAAGCUGUCAUCAAGGCAAAUGGUGGCUAUUUGAAGAAUCUCAAAUGUAAAAUGUAUUUUGAUUUGUUUAACACUUUUUGGGUUACUACAUGAUUCCAUAUGUGUAAUUUCAUAGUUUUGAUGUCUUCACUAUUAUUCCUCUCUCCCAGACGAGCUAAACAACUUUUAUUCUCGUUUUGAGGCAAUCAACACUGUUCCUCCUAUGAGCGCUCCCGCUGCUGUAGAGGUCUGUGAGCUCUCAAUCUCUGUGGCUGACGUGAAUAGGACCUUCAAGCUGGCCCAGACGGCAUCCCCAGCUGCGUCCUCAGUGCAUGCGCAGACCAGCUCGCUGGAGUGUUCACGGACAUAUUCAACCUCUCCCUGUCCCAGUCUGUGGUCCCCACAUGCUUCAAGAUGACCACCAUUGUCCCUGUACCCAAGCAAACUAAGGUAACCUGCCUAUAUGACUAUCGCUCUGUAGCACUCACUUCUGUCAUCAUGAAGUGCUUCGAAAGGCUGGUCAAGGACCAUAUCAGCUCCACCUUACCUGACACCGUGGACCCACUCCAAUUUACAUACCUCCCCAACAGAUCCAUGACGCAGUCACCACUGCUCUACACACUGCACUAUCCCACCUGGACAAAAGGCACACCUAUGUGAGAAUUCUGUUCAUCGACAACAGCUCAGCGUUCAAUACCGUAUUCCCCUCCAAGCUUGACACUAAGCUCAAGGCCCUGGGUAUGAGCACCUCCCUCUGCAACUGGAUCCUGGACUUCCUGACAGGCAGACCCCAGUUGGUGAGGGUAGGCAACAACAGCUCCGCCACGCUGACCCUCAACACGGGGGCACCCAGGGGUGUCUGCUCAUCCCCCUUCUGUACUCUCUGUACACACACGACUGCGUCACCACACAUGACUCCAACACCAUCAUUAUGAAGACGCGACGGUGGUGGGCUUGCGAUGAUGGUGGUGGGCCUGAUCGUCAAUGGCGACGAGCUAGCCUACAGGGAGUAGGUUAAAGCCCUGGCAUAGUGGUGCCAGGGAAACCAAAGAGCUGAUCUUGGACUACAGGAAAAGGGGAGGAGCAUGCCCCUAUUGUCAUCGGCAGGACUGCAGUGGAGAGGGUAAAUAGCUUCAAGUUCCUUGGCUUGCACAUCACAGAAAACCUGACAUGGCCAAAUCACAAUGGUCUCUUCAACCUCAGGCGCCUGAAAAAAUUCAGCAUGGGCCCUAAAGAAGUUCCACAGCUGCACGGUUGAGAGCAUCUUGACCGGCUGCAUCACCGCCCCUAAACCGGAAUGCCCUACAGACGGUAGUGUAGACGGCCCAAUACAUCACUGGGGGCGAGCUCCUUGCCUUCCAGGACAUCUACACCAGGCGGUGUCUGAGGAAGGGCCGAAAGAUCAUCAAGGACUCCAGUCACCCGAGCCAUGUUCACUCUGUUACCAUCUGGCAAGAAGUAUCUGAGUAUUGGGUCUCGUAUCAACAGGGUCCAAGACAGCUUCUACCACCAAGCAUCAGAUUGCUGAAAAGCUAAACCUAGCUGUCUCCCUGCAAAGACCUGCACCUUAGAGACUAUUUGCACCGUAAAGACUAUAUGCAACUUAGAAAUUAUUUAAACUGACUACCCACACAUCCAACCCUUACACACAAACAUACCCACACACACAAGCACCCAUAAACACACAAACACAAGCACACAUGCUCUCAGAGCUCUCUCUCUCACACACACACACACACAAACACACACACACACAGUCAACGCUGCUGUUCUAAUAUAUACUAUUGAUUCCACUACCCACUUUAUAUUUGUAAAUACAGUGUAAAUACAUUCCAGAUGAAUACUACCUCUGCCAUUACUUCUACUACUUAUUUUUGACUUGACUCUUAUCAUUGUUAUUAUUGAUUAUUGAUGAAUGUACUGCAUUGUUGAGGGAGGUAGUGCAUAAGCAUUUUGCUGCACCUUUAAUACCUGCUGUAAACUGUAUAUGUGAAAAAUACAUUUGAUUUGAUUUUGAUUGAAUGCCAGCUAGCUGGCUCCAGACUACACAACAGCCCAUCUCAUAUACCCUGCCUUGAGCCUGAGGUAUGAGUUGGCCAUGCUUUCCAAAUCAACUCAUCAGUAUACAGAACAUAACAGCCCAUCCCCUUGAGGAUGAGGUAUUAGCUCCCAGAUUGCACACUGCUGCCCCCAUGGUGACACCAAGUUGACCCUUGGAGGGGGAUGCAGGUAUUAUCAUAACAGGAUGUAGCUACUCUGUUCUGUUCUCUAUGGCUGCUCUGUAGGCCAACAGCUGCUAGACAGGAGGACUGUGUUUUUGUGGGAGAUAGAGAGAGAGUGUGUGUGUUAGAGGAGGGUUAAGGGUAUGUACUGUAGUAAGAGAGAAAGUGUGUGUAUGUUUGCGUGUAUGUUUGUGUGUAUGUUUGUGUGUGUGUGUGUGUGUGCGCCUAUUAUAAUGUGUGUAAUGAUGUGUGUUAUCACUCAUGUGCCCUCCAGAAGACAGAGGGAGGUGCAUCUCCAUAUCUCCUCCCACCUACCUUAUUAACCUUAUCUUAUUACGAAGCAGAUGGAAUUAUGGUCCAGCCAAUUAAAUCCUAAUGAACUGAAUAGGAGGGCUAUUUCUCCUGUGACGGACACCCCUCCUCCAUCAUGUGUGUGUGUGUUGUUGUGUGUGUGUGAGUGGAUUAGACUAAUCUGGCCCGGGUAGGCAUGUUUUGAAAGUUGAUUGCAUUAGUUUUGAAACAGGGCUGCCUUAUGGGUGUAAGCCAGGUGCCUGUUCAAAGCACACGGCGAAGCCAUCUUAAAAGAAAAGUAACGAGUAGGAUUCUGUGUUUUCACAUGCAAAAGUGUUGCUUUUGAUAAAAACACUUUAUUUGCCAUCCCAAUGAAAACGUUUGAAAAUUCAAACUUAAAUUCAAGUUCAGCAUAAUCGAAUCCGCCCUGUGUGUUCGUGCAUGUGUGCGUGUGUUUUUUUUGUGUGUGUUUUUUUGCGUGUGUUUACAUGUGUGCAAGUGUGCUUGCUCAUGAGAGUGGGAGAGCACAUGCGUGUAUAUGUGUGUGUUUGAUGGAGUCGCCUCGUCCAUCAUUGUGAUGGCAUAGUUACAGUGGGGCAAAAAAGUAUUUAGUCAGCCACCAAUUGUGCAAGUUCUCCCACUUAAAAAGAUGAGAGAGGCCUGUAAAUUUAAUCAUAGGUACACGUCAACUAUGACAGACAAAAUGAGGAAAAAAAAUCCAGAAAAUCACAUUGUAGGAUUUUUUAUGAAUUUAUUUGCAAAUUAUGGUGGAAAAUAAGUAUUUGGUCAAUAACAAAAGUUUCUCAAUACUUUGUUAUAUACCCUUUGUUGGCAAUGACACAGGUCAAAUGUUUUCUGUAUGUCUUCACAAGGUUUUCAUACACUGUUGCUGGUAUUUUGGCUCAUUCCUCCAUGCAGAUCUCCUCUAGAGCAGUGAUGUUUUGGGGCUGUCGCUGGGCAACACAGACUUUCAACUCCCUCCAAAGAUUUUCUAUGGGGUUGAGAUCUGGAGACUGGCUAGGCCACUCCAGGACCUUGAAAUGCUUCUUACGAAGCCACUCCUUCGUUACCCGGGCGGUUUGUUUGGGAUCAUUGUCAUGCUGAAAGACCCAGCCACGUUUCAUCUUCAAUGCCCUUGCUGAUGGAAGGAGGUUUUCACUCAAAAUCUCACGAUACAUGGCCCCAUUCAUUCUUUCCUUUACACGAAUCAGUCGUCCUGGUCCAUUUGCAGAAAAACAGCCCCAAAGCAUGAUGUUUCCACCCCCAUGCUUCACAGUAGGUAUGGUGUUCUUUGGAUGCAACUCAGCAUUCUUUGUCCUCCAAACACGACGAGUUGAGUUUUUACCAAAAAGUUCUAUUUUGGUUUCAUAUGACAUUCUCCCAAUCCUCUUCUGGAUCAUCCAAAUGCACUCUAGCAAACUUCAGACGGGCCUGGACAUGUACUGGCUUAAGCAGGGGGACACGUCUGGCACUGCAUGAUUUGAGUCCCUGGCGGCGUAGUGUGUUACUGAUGGUAGGCUUUGUUACUUUGGUCCCAGCUCUCUGCAGGUCAUUCACUAGGUCCCCCCGUGUGGUUCUGGGAUUUUUGCUCACCGUUCUUGUGAUCAUUUUGACCCCACGGGGUGAGAUCUUGCGUGGAGCCCCAGAUCGAGGGAGAUUAUCAGUGGACUUGUAUGUCUUCCAUUUCCUAAUAUUUGCUCCCACAGUUGAUUUCUUCAAACCAAGCUGCUUACCUAUUGCAGAUUCAGUCUUCCCAGCCUGGUGCAGGUCUACAAUUUUGUUUCUGGUGUCCUUUGACAGCUCUUUGGUCUUGGCCAUAGUGGAGUUUGGAGUGUGACUGUUUGAGGUUGUGGACAGGUGUCUUUUAUACUGAUAACAAGUUCAAACAGGUGCCAUUAAUACAGGUAACAAGUGGAGGACAGAAGAGCCUCUUAAAGAAGAAGUUACAGGUCUAUGAGAGCCAGAAAUCUUGCUUGUUUGUAGGUGACCAAAUACUUAUUUUCCACCAUAAUUUGCAAAUAAAUUCAUUAAAAAUCCUACAAUGUGAUUUUCUGGAAUUUGUUUUCUCAAUUUGUCUGUCAUAGUUGACGUGUACCUAUGAUGAAAAUUACAGGCCUCUCUCAUCUUUUUAAGUGGGAGAACUUGCACAAUUGGUGGCUGACUAAAUACUUUUUUUCCCCACUGUAUGUCAGUAGAUCUCACUACCAGGAAACUGCUCUAGUCCACAACUGACUAAUCUCAUUAAUAGACCAUCAGCAGCAAAUUGAUCCGUUAUCAAUGUCUGUGUUUAUGUAAUUUUACACAGUUUGUACUAGGCCUUUUUCCCUGGACACAGAUUAAACCUAGACCCGGAGUAAAAAGCAUGUACAAUGGAAAUCCUGCCUCGAAAUUGGUUUUAGUCCAGGCCUAGGCUUAAAGCAUUGUAAUUGUCUGUCCUCAGUUGCAACACUCACUACCGAGUUCCAAACUGCCUCUGGAAGCAAAGUCAGCACAAUAACUGUUUGUCGGGAGCUUCAUGAAAUGGGUUUCCAUGGCCAAGCAGCCGCACACAAGACAAAGAUCACCAUGCGCAAUGCCAAGCGUCGGCUGGAGUGGUGUAAAGCACGCCACCAUUGGACUCUGGAGCAGUGGAAACGCGUUCUCUGUAGUGAUGAAUCGCCCUUCACCAUCUGGCAGUACUACGGACAAAUCUGGGUUUGGCGGUUGCCAGGAGAAUGCAACCUGCACCAAUGCAUGGUGACAACUGUAAAGUUUGGUGGAGGAGGAAUAAUGGUCUGGAGCUGUUUUUCAUGGUUCUGGCUAGGCCCCUUAGUUCCAGUGAAGGGAUAUCUUAACGCUAUAGCAUACAAUGACAUUGUAGAUGAUUCUGUGGUUCCAACUGCUUCCAACUUUGGCAACAGUUUGGGGAAAGACCUUUACUGUUUCAGCAUGACAAUGCCCCUGUGCACAAAGCGAGGUCCAUACAGAAAUUGUUUUUUGAGAUCAGUGUGGAAGAACUUCACUGGCCUGCACAGAGCCCUGAGCUCAACCCCAUCGAACAUGUUUGCGAUGAAUUGGAAUGACGACUGUGAGCCAGGCCUAAUCGCCCAACAUCUGUGCCCGACCUCACUAAUGCUCUUGUGGCUGAAUGGAAGCAAGUCCCUGCAGCAAUGUUCCAAUAUCUAGUGGAAAGCCUUCCCAGAAGAGUGGAGGCUAUUAUAGCAGCAAGGAGGGGGACCAACUCCAUAUUAAUGGCAAGGAUUUUGGAAUGAGAUAUUUGACGAGCAGGUGUCCACAUACUUUGUAGUGUAUAUACAGUGCCCUCCACUAUUAUUGGCACCCCUGUUUAAGAUGUGGUCGAGGACUUCCAAAAAUUCUCCUUUUUUUUUAAACAACAUAGAACCCAAAUGCAAAAAAAGAGAAAAAUCCAACCUUUUAUUUAAGUACAUUACUUUGGUGGUAAAAAAAAAAAGUCACACAUUUAGAAAAAAAUAACUUGAAAUCAUGUGUCCCACAAUUAUUGGCACCCCUAACAAUUCCGCUGAAAAUUUAAAUUGAUUUUUUUUUAAAUAUAUAUUUCUGUAGUUGCUAAUGUUGGUCAGGGUAUCUAGGAACUUUUAAUUAGUAAUACAUGACUUCCUGUUUCCCUGGGGUAUAAAUAUGACGUGACACAGAGGCCUAAUUCUCUUACCCAUUUGUCAACAUGGCAAAGACAAGAGAACACACCAUUCAAGUAAGGCAGAUUUGUUUCGACCUUCAUAAGUCAGGCAAUGGCUACAAGAAAAUAGCCACUCGCCUUAACUUGCCCGUAUCUACAGUCAGAGGAAUCAUUAAGAAGUUUAAAACAACUGGAACAGUGACAAACAAGGCUGGAAGAGGUCCCAAGUUUAUCUUGCCACAACGCACAGUGAGGAGGAUGGUAAGAGAAGUAAAAAAAGUCCUAAGCUCACUGUCACAGAAUUGCAUCAAAGAGUGGCAUCUUGGGGUCACAAAGUCUCCAAAACAACCAUCAGACGCUCUCUACAUGCCAACAAGCUGUUUGGGAGGCAUGCAAGGAAAAAGCCUUUUCUCACUAACACUCACAAACGUAAACGUCUGGAGUUUGCUAAGCGGCACUGGGACUUCAACUGGGAUCGUGUGCUUUGGUCAGAUGAGACUAAGAUUGAGCUUUUUGGCAACAAACACUCUAAGUGGGUCUGGCGUAAAACAAAAGAUGAGUAUGCCGAAAAGCACCUCAUGCCCACCGUGAAGUAUGGUGGAGGAUCUGUGAUGCUGUGGGCCUGUUUCUCUUCCAAAGGCCCUGGGAACCUUGUUAGGGUGCAUGACAUUAUGAACGCUUUGAACUACCAGUACAUUUUAAAUAAAAACCUGAUGGCCUCUGCCAGAAAGCUGAAGAUGGGUCGUCAUUGGGUCUUUCAGCAGGAUAUUGAUCCAAAACAUGUGGCAAAAUCUACACAAAAAUGGUUCAGCAGUCACAAACUCAAGGUCCUCCCAUGGCCAUCUCAGUCCCCAGACCUCAACCCAAUCGAAAACCUGUGGGGCGAGCUAAAGAGGAGAGUGCAUACGAGAGGACCCAGGACACUGGAUGAUCUAGAAAGAUUGUGCAAAGAAGAAUGGUCAAAGAUCCCUCUCUCUGUGUUCUCCAAUCUUGUGAAAUGUUAUAGGAGGAGAUUAAGUGCUGUCUUGUUGGCAAAAGGGGGUUGUACAAAGUAUUAACAUCAGGGGUGCCAAUAAUUGUGGGACAGAUGAUUUCAAGUUAUUUUUUUUCUAAAUGUGUGAUUUUUUUUUUUUACACCAAAGUAAUGUACUUAAAUAAAAGGUUGGAUUUUUCUCUUUUUUUGCAUUUCGGUUCUAUGUUGUUUAAAAAAAAAGGAGAAUUUUUGGAAGUCCUCGACCACAUCUUAAACAGGGGUGCCAAUAAUUGUGGCGGGCACUGUAUAUAUAUGUGGGGAGAACAAGUAUUUGAUACACUGCCGAUUAUGCAGGUUUUCCUACUUACAAAGCAUGUAGAGGUCUGUAAUUUUUUAUCAUAGGUACACUUCAACUGUGAGAGACGGAAUCUAAAACAAAAAUCCAGAAAAUCACAUUGUAUGAUUUUUAAGUAAUUAAUUUGCAUUUUAUUGCAUGACAUAAGUAUUUGAUCACCUACCAACCAGUAAGAAUUCCGGCUCUCACAGACCUGUUAGUUUUUCUUUAAGAAGCCCUCCUGUUCUCCACUCAUUACCUGUAUUAACUGCACCUGUUUGAACUCGUUACCUGUAUAAAAGACACCUGUCCACACACUCAAUCAAACAGACUCCAACCUCUCCACAGUGGCCAAGACCAGAGAGCUGUGUAAGGACAUCAGGGAUAAAAUUGUAGACUUGCACAAGGGUGGGAUGGGCUACAGGACAAUAGGCAAGCAGCUUGGUGAGAAGGCAACAACUGUUGGCGCAAUUAUUAGAAAAUGGAAGAAGUUCAAGAUGACGGUCAAUCACCCUCGGUCUGGGGCUCCAUGCAAGAUCUCACCUCGUGGGGCAUCAAUGAUCAUGAGGAAGGUGAGGGAUCAGCCCAGAACCACACGGCAGGACCUGGUCAAUGACCUGAAGAGAGCUGGGGCCACAGUCUCAAAGAAAACCAUUAGUAACACAUUACGCCAUAAUGGAUUAAAAUCAAGCUGAAGUUUGCCAAUGACCAUCUAUAUAUAUAUAUAUAUAUAUAUAUAUAUAUAUAUAUAUAUAUAUAUAUAAACUUUACGGGGUGAGGUCUGGGUACUUUUCAUUUUAAAAAAUUAUAUAUAUAUAUAUAUUAUUUUUUAUUUAUUUAAUGAAAAGUACCCAGACCUCACCCUGUAAAGUUUUUAAUGAAAUUAUUUAAGAUGAACUUGCUAAAUAUCUUGAUAAACAGUGCUGACAAUUCCAUUUGGGCUAGCUAGCUAAAUUAUACAGGAAACCUUUUUUUUAUAUUUUGAACAAAAAAAUAUAUGCAACACGUAAAGUGUUGGUCCUAUGUUUCAUGACUUGAAAUAAAAUAUACAAAAAAUGUUCUAUACACACAAAAAGCUUAUUUCUCUCAAAUGUUGUGUACAAAUUUGUUUACAUCCCUCUUAUUGAGCAUUUGCCAAGAUAAUCCAUCUACCUGACAGGUGUGGCAUUUGGCAUAUCAAGAAGCUGAUUCAACUGCAUGAUCAUCGCACAGGUGCCACUCUAAAAUGUGCAGUUAUAUCACACAACACAAUGCCACAGAUGUCUUAAGUUUUGAGGGAGCGUGCAAUUGGCAUGCUGACUGCAGGAAUGUCCACCAGAGCUGUUGCCAGAGAAUUGAAUAUGAAUUUCUCUACCAUAAUCCGCCUCCAACGUCAUUUUAGAGAAUUCGGCAUUAAGUCCAAAUGGCCUCACAACCGCAGACCACGUGUAACCACACUAGCCAGGACCUCCACAUCCGGCUUCUUUACCUGCGGGAUCAUCUGAGACCAGCAAUCCAGACAGCUGAUGAAACUGUGGGUUUGCACAACCUAAUAAUUUCUGCAAAAACUGCCAGAAAACAUCUCAGAAAAGCUCAUCUGCAUCAUACUCACCAGGGUCUUGACCUGGCUGCAGUUCGAUGUCGUAACCAACUUCAGUGGGCAAACGAUCACCUUCGAUGGCCACUGGCACGCUGGAGAAGUGUGCUCUUCACGGAUGAAUCUCGGUUUCAACUGUCCUGGGCAGAUGGCAGACAGCGUGUAUGGUGUCUUGUGGGCGAGCCGUUUGCUGAUGUCAAUAUUCUGAACAGAGUGCCCAAUGGUGGUGGUGGGGUUAUGGUAUGGGCAGGCAUAAGCUGCGCACAACGAACACAAUUGCAUUUAAUCUAUGGCAAUUUGAAUGCACAGAGAUACGUUGACGAGUUCCUGAGGCCCAUUGUCGUGCCAUUCACCAGCAGCCAUCACCUCAUAUUUCAGCAUGAUAAUGCACGGCCCCAUGUCGCAAGAAUUUGUACACAAUUCUUGGAAGCUGAAAAUGUCCCAGUUCUUCCAUGGCCUGCAUACUCACCCAUUGAGCAAGUUUGGGAUGCUCUGGAUCGACAUCUACGACAGCGUGUUCCAGUUCCCGCCAAUAUCCAGCAACUUCGCACAGCUAUUGAAGAGGAGUGGGAUAACAUUCCACAGGCCACAAUCAACACUCUGAUCAACUCUACGUGAAAGAGAUGUGUAGUGCCAAAUGGUGGUCACACCAGAUACUGACUUACAGUGCCUUCGGAAAGUAUUCAGACCCCUUGACUUUUACCACAUUUUGUUACAUUACAGCCUCAUUCUAAAAUUGAUUAAAAGUGUCCUCAGAAAUCUACAUACAAUACCCCAUAAUGACAAAGCGAAAACAGGUUUUUGGAAAUGUUUGCAAAUUUAUGAAAAAUAAAAAACUGAAAUACCUUAUCAGACUCUUUGCUAUGAGACUCGAAAUUGAGCUCAGGUGCAUCCUGUUUCCAUUGAUCAUCCUUGAGAUGUUUCUACAACUUCAUUGGAGUCCACCUGUGGUAUAUCCAAUUGAUUGGACAUGAUUUCGAAAGGCACACACCUGUCUAUAAAAGGUUCCACAGUUGACAGUGCAUGUCAGAGCAAAAACCAAGCCUUGAGGUCGAAGGAAUUGUCUGUAGAGCUCCGAGACAGGAUUGUGUCGUAGGCACAGAUCUGGGGAAGGGUACCAAAAAAUGUCUGCAGCAUUGAAGGUCCCCAAGUACACAGUGGCCUCCAUCAUUCUUAAAUGGAAGAAGUUUGGAACCACUAAGACUCUUCCUAGAGCUGACCGCCCGGCCAAACUGAGCAAUCGGGGGAGAAGGGCCUUGGUCAGGGAGGUGACCAAGAUCCCGAUGGUCACUCUGACAGAGCUUUAGAGUUUAUUCAAAUAGCCACCCUUUGCCUUAAUGACAGCUUUGCACGUUCUUUGAAUUCUCUCAACCAGCUUCAACUGGAAUGCUUUUCCAACAGUCUUGAAGGAGUUCCCACAAAUGCUGAGCACUUGUUGGCUGCUUUUCCUUCACUCUGCCGUCCGACUCAUCCCAAACUAUCUCAAUUGGGUUGAGGUCGGGGGAUUGUGGAGGCCAGGUCAUCUGAUGCAGCACUCCAUCACUCUUCUUCUUGGUAAAAUAGACCUUACACAGCCUGGAGGUGUGUUAGGUAAUUGUCCUUUUGAAAAACAAAUGACAGUCCAACUAAGCCCAAACCAGAUGGGAUGGCGUAUCACUGCUGUGGUAGCCAGGCUGGUUAAGUGUGCCUUGAAUUCUAAAUAAAUCACAGACAGUUUCACCAGCAAAGUACCCCCACACCAUCACACCCCCUCCUCCAUGCUUUAUGUUCAGAACUAGACAUGCCGAGAUCAUCCGUUCACCCACACCGCGUCUCACAAAGACACAGCGGUUGGAACCGAAAAUCUCAAAUUUGGACUCCAGACCAAAGGACACAUUUCCACCGGUCUAUUGUCCAUUGCUCGUGUUUCUUGGCCCAAGCAGGUCUCUUCUUAUUAUUGCUGUCCUUGCUGUUGCUGUGGCCUGCAAUAAGCACCCAGCCAACCACCUGUACGAAUAUGCACUGAACCUUAUUACGAUAACAACCAAAGCAAAGCUAUUGACUGUGGGCUGAACACCAACAUAGCAAACUAUAUAUGGCAUGGAACUCGCAGAUGAACUCAUCACUUUUGGCAUAAGAAAUCUCCUAGGCAUUUAAUCUUAUAUAAUGUUCGUAGGAAGUAGAGGACCACGCCCUAUGAUCUUCAGUGUGGAUGCAGGGACAGACAGAGAAGCUGUUGAAGCAGCGCCAAUGCGAAAUGAAUGGCUGCGUAUAUCUCAGGGGAUAGCCCGCAGCAUUGGCAGAGGAGAUGGAGCCGUGAUGAAAACCAGUAUCUCAUUUGCCAGCAUCAGUGAUGAAUAACGGAACGCCCGGCGUGGCCAGUGGUCACCAUUGCAGGUAGUGUAACAUGGAAGAGAGGACAGAAAGCAGUGUUAGUUUGAAAGCAGUGUUAGUUUGAGCAAUAAUACCAGGCAUACCUUUACUCUUCCUAUUAGUUUGGUCAUGCUUUUUAACACAGUGAACAUGUGAGUGUCCAUAAUUAAAUCAGAAAAUCGUGAGAUCAUGCAAUGAUUAAAGAUAAAUGAAUACGAAGUGUAUUCCCCAACCGUAAAAAACCUGUAGAAAUCCAUGAGACGACUGCCUCUAAUAAAAUCAUUGUAUGAGCAAAAACACCCUUCCCUUAACGUGAAUCAAUUUUUUGUAACCUUUGUCAUGCCUGAAGAUUGCUCCUUUGAAGCCCAUGAGGCGGAAAAAGCUGUCAUCUUGGUGUAUGAGGAUAUUCUACCUAUGCAAAAUAGCUAAUGGACCAUGGGCUGCCAUACAGUAAUCAUGAUCAUAUUGCAAUACUGCAAGAACUCAGGUAGGUUUCACAAUCUCAAAUAAAUCAAUUGUAACAUCGUAGCAGCAGAGGAUCAGAGUGAAGCCAGGAUCAAUUGAGAAGCAGUAGCAGGGCCGAUGCAGAAUUGGGCGCCAAUAGCUCAGAGCUAGCACUCAGCGCUGACGACGGAACUAGAGACGUUAUGAGUUCCAGUAUCUUGUCAUUGGUUACCAGCAUCAAUGUUGAACAGAGGUUCGCCAGGUGCUGCCCGUGCUUAGCAUGCAGGCAGCAUAUAAUGAAAGAGAGGACAAAGCAGUGUUAGUUCUGGUGAUGACGACAAUGCGAGAGUCCAUAAUGCAAACAGAACUUAAGAGAUCAUGCAAAAUGAAAGGGAAGGAACAUUUAGUGUAUUCAGAUUGAAGAACCCCUAAAGCCAUCAUACAGACCGCCUUUGGAAAAGCGUAAUGUAAACCCAACACUGUUGCCUUAACGUGAACUCAAACUUGUGCUACUGAGAGAGAGGAGGGAUACUCUGAUAUGCAUGUUCUUUGCUUCUCCGUAGGCCAUGAAGAGUAGGCAGACAGAUGGAUUCUUGAGCAGACUGCACGCUGAAGGGUCCUGAUGCCCAAUAUGAACUGAAUCCCUGCUAUUGGAGCAUGAUACAGGCGUAUCUGUCUAUCCUCCUAACUGGUCGUUCUUUUUUUAUGAUACAAAAUAUGCUUCUCUGCAUCUCUACUCAAAUCUGGGUAACAUAUUGAAAGGAAUGUGAGUCUUAUUCAGUACAUUUAGUUAUUGCUUGCUUUUCUAAAGUCUACCAACCUUGCCAGCAGGCAUGUCAGCUAAAAUAGUUAGACAAGCUAGCUACUCUAACUUCAUUGAUAGCCUGAAAUGGCUUCUUGGUAGCGAGUUAUGAGGUUAGGAGAUUGGGAACCUAUCUGGGCUAGUUAAAGCCAAUUUCAUGAAAUUGCUAAGUGGCUAGUAGUAUUACAGAGAAAAAACAAACAAACACUUUUUUUUAUUCAAAAUAAAAACAGGACAAAUAAAUGGGAAUGAUGCCUCUGAUCUGUAUAACUGAAGGAAUUCUGCAAUUUUGUAAUACUGUAGUUCUGUCUGAUUAUUCUACUGUAUGUGAGGGGAGAAUGAACUGGCGACCUUCCUGAGUUCUCUCUGGGGAUAAGUAAUUUGGGUAAAAGUCCAUCCUCCGUCAUCUCUCCUCUCUCCUCCAUGAUCCAGAAACCGAUAAGUGGUUGAGUGGUCGAGGAGUUUGUCAAUUUGUUAGUAGGCAAACAGAAUAUGGUCCUCCCCUCCUCGAUAGCCUCCUUUUGGCUUGGAAGCACCAGUGUAUCAUACUGCAGAAGAGUUUUGAUAUCUUCCACACCCCCUUUGAAUCAGCUGUAGUAUUGUCAGAGAACAAUAUGCUACAUAUGGUUUUAUCUAUAAAAUGUUUUGCACAACUAACUUCAUUAGUUUUUAUGACUUUACAAAUUUAUUUUGGGAUUCCACCCCUGUGGUCCUCUGUAGCUCAGCUGGUAGAGCAAGGCGCUUGUAACGCCAAGGUAGUGGGUUCGAUCCCCGGGACCACCCAUACACAAAAAAAUAAAUGCAUGCAUGCACGCAUGACUGUAAGUCGCUUUGGAUAAAAGCGUCUGCUAAAUGGCUUUUUAUUAUUAAACGUAAUCUGCCUGAAAAAGCGCGUGUGGAGAAGGAUCGUCUAAUUUCAAACAAGUGCAUUUCCGUCCACGUUCUCUCUCCUCGACUACCUUUGAUCCUUUUCAAAAGGAGGCGAGAGAGGAUGGAGGAGAGAGGACGCAGGUGAGAAAAUCUAGUUGAGAAAAUACCUGCAGGCUACCAGCUCUGGUGGCUCCACUCCCUCAGGGCUGGCCUCUGAUUGGUUGAUCUGUUUCUCAGGUUACAUCUUCAGGAACUGUACGAAGGAUGGCUGGACAGAGCUGUACCCUACGUAUGAGGAGGCCUGUGAGUUCGCAGAGGAGUCAGAGACAGGAUCAGAGGUUAGAGAUAUCACAUCACUCACAUACUGUACAUUCUCUUUUACUCACUCUGUAAUUCAGUCACUCAUUGAAAUGUUCCACUUUCAAUUUUGUUCUGCGGGAGAAGGAAUGUGAUUGGUUAAGGACAGAAGGAAUGUUCUAAUGAACCAUUCAGUCAUGUGCUUGUCUGAAUUAUCUGGCCUGUACUGCACUCUUAUUCUAACAGACCCAUUUCGCGGGCGCAUCAUGAAAAGUUACACGCACAGUUCCGAAUCAGACACCAGUUUGUUUACAUAGAAGUAAAUACGAUCAAGUCAGACUUCAGAUGCAGCUCAUGCAAGUAAGAAACCCCAAAUCCAAUGGUUAUUGUCUACAACAUUGCAGAUGUCAUUGAUUACCUGGGUCGUUCCACCAAUUCGGUGCCUUUUGAGAAUUGUAACUUGGUCAAGAAAACAUUUGAUUUCACGAAAUGUUUACAUUCUGUCAUAAAGAGCACAUGUUGAACUUCAUUUAAAAAAAUAUUUAAAAACAUCUGAAGAGCUAAAAAAAAAUAUUACUAUAGUAAGUGCCUAUUAAGUCCCAAAUAAAGUAACAGGGUUGACCAUACCAGGGUUGACGAUUUCUUCUUAAAUCAGCCAUAAAUCCCCUUGUGACAGGGGGAAUGAAAGCUUGUGUGCAACAGGGAGUGGCAAUUGAAUGGUAGCUUCACAAAAAAAAAUGAAAUUGUUAAAACAUUUCUAGCCUGUCUAACUAUGGGUAACAUGGUUGAGGUGUUAUGCUCGACCCGCUCAGUUUUCCUCCACAAAACAUCAGAAAAUGGCCAAAAAUAGUAGAACCAGCUCACCUGCUUUUACUCUAUGAUUUGUUCAAUGUUUCUUCAGAAAAUUUCUUUUUUUUUAAAGGAAUCGUUUCACCAUAACGAGAGUUCAGUUCACGUAACAGUCUUGACCUUAAAAUGAGGGACAGAUGUAAAUUAAUCACUAAUCACAGAAAUGACUGUCAAAGUAACAAAAUAACUAAGUCUUUACAAUGAUGGUGAAACUUGGAUAUAUGUUGGGAUUAAUUGGAUUCAAAUCUUCCUAGAAGUGACACAGGGAUGAAGGAGGGACAUGUCAAAAUAAUGAAUUUUGGCACUUUAGCAAUCCUUUAUUCAUAUAAAAAAAUCGAAUUUAUUGAAUUAUCUAUGUGGUCUAUAUUAAAGCACAAUUAAUUUAAUAUAACAGGAUUUUAAAACUAAAUAUUGGUGCUAUAUUUUUAAUUCUACUUAAAAUAUCAAAGGAUGGCUUUUCGUGGAACGACCCACCUAGCAAGCUAGCAAGCCAGCGAGGCAAGGUAAAAUAUCACAAAUAGAGCUAGAUAAAUCCAGAAGAAUAAUAUACUUGUUGAGCAAGCUAUAGCCAUCAGUCUUGUGUGUUUUCCCCAGUGAUCACUCACUCUCUGCAGUUUGUCAAGGUCCAGACAUCAGUGUAUAGCUACAGUGCCUUUUGAAAGUAUUAACACCCAUUGAAUUUUCCACAUUUUGUUGUUACAAAGUGGGAUUAAAAUGGAUUUAAUUGUCUUUUUUUUUGUCAACGAUCUACAGAAAAUACUCUCUAUUAAAAAAAUUGAAGAAUAAUUAUAUUUAUUGUUUUAAUCAAUGGAAAAUAAAACACUAAUAUAUAUAUUGGUUAUAUUAGCAUUCAACCCACUGAGUCAAUACAUUUUAGAAUCACCUUUGGCAGCGAUUACAGCUGUGAGUCUUUCUAGGUAAGUCUCCAAGAGCUUUGCACACCUGGAUUAUACAAUAUUUGCCCAUUAUUCUUUAAAUAAUUGUAAAGCUCUGUCACGGCAGGUAGCUUAGUGGUUAAGAGCAUUGUGCCAGUAACCGAAAGGUUGCUGGUUCUAAUCCCCAAGCCGACUUGGUGAAAAAUCUGUCGAUGUAACUUUGAGCAAGGCACUUAACCCUAAUUGUAAAUCCCUCUGGAUAAGAGCGUCUGCUAAAUGACUUUAAGAAAAAGUUGGUUGUUGCUCAUUGCGAGACAGCUAUUUUCAAGUCUUGCUAUGUUUUUUCAAGCCAAUUUAAGUAAAAACUGUAAUUAGGCCACUCAGGAAAAUUCAAUGUCGUCUUUGUAAACAACUCCAGUGUAUAGUGCAUUCGGAAAGUAUUCAGACCCCUUCCCCUUUUCCACAUUUUGUUACGUUACAGCCUUAUUCUAAAAUGGAUUAAAUUAAUCAAUCUACACACAAUACCCCAUAAUGACAAAGCGAAAACAGGUUUUAGAAAUAUUUGCAAAUGUAUUACAAAUCAAAAACAGAAAUACCUUAUUUACAUAAGUAUUCAGACCCUUUGCUAUGAGACUACACAUUGAGCUCAGGUGCAUCUUGUUUCCAUUGAUCAUCCUUGAGAUGUUUCUACAACUUGAUUGGAGUCCACCUGUGGUAAAUUCAAUUGAUUGGACAUUAUUUGUACAGGCACACACCUGUCUAUAUAUGGUCCACAGUUGACAGUGGAUGUCAGAGCAAAAACCAAGCCAUGAGGUCGAAGGAAUUGUCCUAGAGCUCAGAGACAGGAUUGUGUCGAGGCACAGAUCUGGGGAAAGGUACCAAAAUAUUUCUGCAGCAUUGAUGGUCCCCUAGAACACAAUGGCCUCCAUCAUUCUUAAAUGGAAGAAGUUUGGAACCACCAAAACUCUUCCUAGAGCUGGCCUGCCCGGCCAAACUGAGCAAUCGGGGGAGAACGACCUUGGUCAGGGAGGUGACCAAGAACCCGAUGGUCACUCUGACAGAGCUCCAGAGUUCCUCUGUAGAGAUGGGAGAACCUUCCAGAAGGACAACCAUCUCUGCAGCACUCCACCAAUCAGGUCUUUAUGGUAGAGUGGCCAGAUGGAAGCCAUUUUUCAGUAAAAAGCACAUGACAGCCUGCUUGGAGUUUGCCAAAAGGCACCUAAAGGACUCUCAGACCAUGCGAAACAAGAUUCUCUGGUCUGAUGAAACCAAGAUUGAACUCUUUGGCCUGAAUGCCAAGUGUCACGUCUGGAGGAAACCUGUCACCAUCCUUACGGUGAAGCAUGGUGGUGGCAGCAUCAUGCUGUGGGGAUGUUUUUCAGUGGCAGGGACUCUGAGACUAGUCAGGAUCGAGAGAAAGAUGAACGGAGCAAAGUACAGAGAGAUCCUUGAUGAAAACCUGCUCCAGAGCACUCAGGACCUCAGACUGGGGUGAAGGUUCACCUUCCAACAGGACAACUACCCUAAGCAUACAGCCAAGACAAUGCAGGAGGGGCUUCGGGACAAGUCUCUGAAUGUCCUUGAGUGGCCCAGCCAGAGCCCGGACUUGAACCCAAUCGAACAUCUCUGGACAGACCUGAAAAUAGCUGUGCAGCGAUGCUCCCCAUCUAACCUGACAAAGCUUGAGAGGAUCUGCAGAGAAGAAUGGGAGAAACUCCUCAAAUACAGGUGUGCCAAGCUUGUAGCGUCAUUCCCAAGAAGACUCUAGGCUGUAAUCGCUGCCAAAGGUGCUUCAACAAAGUACUGAGUAAAGGGUCUGAAUACUUAUGUAAAUGUGAUAUUUCAGUAUUUUCUUUUUAAUACAUUUACAAAAAUGUCUAAAAACCAAUUUUUGCUUUGUCAUUAUGGGGUAUUGUGUGUAGAUUGAUGAGGGGGAAUAAAAACAAUUUAAUCAAUUUGAGAAUAAGGCUGUAAUGUUACCAAAUGUGUAAAAAGUCAAGGGACUGAAUACUUUCUGAAUGCACUGUAAGCAGUUUUGGGUUUCCAACUUCACUUGCACACCGUUUUUCCCUAUUUUCUAUCUGUACUGUUUUGUCUUUCACUAGUUUUCUUUGGUGCAAAUAAAUGAAACCUCCCAAAAUACUAUAACCUGUACUAUAUGUUUCUUUCUGACCUUUGACCUGUUGAUUUCCAGACAACAUACUUUUCGACCAUCAGUCAGGUGUACACUGCAGGAUACGCAACCUCCCUCAUCUCCCUCAUAUCAGCCAUCUUUGUCUUCGCUGUGUUCAGGUAACCCUGGGACAUUCUCAGUCCAAUAUUCAUUCCUAAGAGAUACACAGAUACUUGAUAAACUUGUCAUGAUAAAUAGAUAACACUGUAAGAAUGGGCUGCAUUCAUAUAUGUAUUAUAGUUUAUAAUGGUACAGUAUAUAUUGUAUGGGAAUACAUUUGCAAUGGACCCUCUAAACUGGCCUGACAGGAAAUGAGGUCAGUUUAACAGGAAGUUGACUUUCCCGUUCAGGAAGUUCCACUGUACCAGGAACUACAUCCACAUCAACCUGUUCUCCUCGUUCAUCCUGAGAGCCAGUGCCGUCUUCAUCAAGGAUGGGGUUCUUUUUGCUGACGAGAACCUCGACCACUGCUUCAUGUCCACUGUGAGUGCCAUGAUGUCAUCAACAAAGGACACUUACUAUACUGGACUUAAUGUCCCAAUACUGUCUCUAACUCCCUGUGACUUCUACCUCUUAUACCACCAUAUAUUUAGAUAUUCUAUACCGUAUCUACAUGAACUUCAUGUAAGUUCAUAGAGUAUCCCACUGAUCUAUACUAAGUUCUUCAUCCUAGCACUUUCCUCUUUUGAACGUCAUUGCCUUCAGAGUGUAUGACUCAUCUUGUUGUAUGGGAACAGCAUGAGAGGGUGAGCAUUUUAACUAAUUGAAACAAGUCUGUGAGAGAGAGAGCGAGUCAAGACUUUCUCCUCAGUAUACUUUUAUGCUGAUACAUGCUUCUAAAAAGAGCGAGUCGUCCAGUCGCGUGUGUACAGAAAAGAGGACAGAAAAGAGGAGAGAGUUCUCACACCCCGAUGGGGCAUUCUAUAUUUAGAAACUAAAUCCACAGCACAGAGAGGAGAUCGGGACAUUAGAGAGACAACUACAGAAGUAUAGAAGGGUGAGAAAGUGUGAUUGUGGCUCAGGGAGUCAUUGGAGUGGUGGAUGGGGCACCCGAGGAGUGCACUUAUAUAAGCCUCAUUAACACUACAAAAUUGUCAGUGAACCGGAACAGAUGAACCGGAAUGACAUUUAUUCUAAAGGCUGGCCAAAAUUAACUAUGUGAAAGCCACGCCCCUACUAAGCCACACCUCCAGUCUUCUGAUCUGAACCACUGGGUCAUAUCUCAAAAACCCAGCAUCAAUAACCCAGCAUCAACAACCCAACUUUAGUAUUUUUAAAGAAAACAAUUCAACAACUAAGUGACCCAAUGCCUGCAACCCAGCAGUUGGGUCAUCCAAACAACACAGCAUGUUUUUGAGUGUGUGUUGUGUUCUCAUGUAGACGGCGUGUAAGUCAGCGGUGGCCUUCUUCCAGUUCAGUAUCCUGGCUAACUACUUCUGGUUGCUGGUCGAGGGCAUGUACCUCCAGACCCUCCUUGCCCUCACCUUCGUCUCACACAAUAAGUACUUCUGGUGGUACACACUCAUCGGCUGGGGUAGGUGACCUCCCCCUGUCCUUCUCUUUUUAUCUGUCUCCAUGUUCUUGUCUGUCUCAUUUUCUUUCUCCUUCCUUCCCUCUGUCCUUCUCUUUUUAUCUCUCUCUCUCUCUCUCUCUCUCUCUCUCUCUCUCUCUCUCUCUCUCUCUCUUUCUUAUCUUUCUCAAUCUGUUCUCUUUCUUUUCUAUCUCUCUCUCUCUUUCUGUCUCUCACACACACACCUAUCUCUCUUUUCACAUUCACUCUCUCUCUCUCUUUCGCUCUUCCUUUCUCCCUCUCUCCUCAACAACUCAAAGAGUCAUGGCUUUGUUUGUCACGCCCUGGCUCUGGGGACUCUUGUAUGUUGAGCCAGGGUGUUAGUUUCUUUGUGUAGUGUCUAUGUUUCGUUUUCUAUGUUCUGUUCUAGGUUAUGUGUUUCUAUGUUGGCCGGGGUGGUUCUCAAUCAGAGGCAACGUGAAUCAGCUGUUGCUUGUUGUCUCUGAUUGGGAACCAUACUUAGGCAGCCUGUUGUGCACUUGUGUUUUGUGGGAUCUUGUUCCGGAGAGGUUUGUGUUUGUUAACCUUAGGACGUCACGUAUCAUUUUGUUGUUUUGUUGUUCGUGUUUAAAGUACUUAUUAAAAGAUGUACGCAUAUCACGCUGCGCCUUGGUCCGUUGCUCACGACGAGCGUGACAGAAGAUCCCACCAAAACUGGACCAAGCAGCGUGUGCAGGAGCAAACGCCGGGUAAGGAGCUGGAGCGGUUGGCGAUGGCCCAGGUGGGCCAAUGGUGGUCCUGGGAGGACAUGUUCGCGGGUAAAGGGCCAUGGGCUAACGUUAAAGCCCUGGCGAGAGAGGAGGUACGGCGCCAACAGUGUCGUCGUCAGACAGACGAGAGGCACCCCCAAUACAUGUUUUGGGAGGGGCACACGGCAUGGACGACGGGGCUGCUGGAGGCAGAUACAGGGCGAGUUUGUGGACGAGGAGAGAAGGCCACCAGGUUACGGGGGCCAUUGGUCGUUAGAGGGAAGGAGAGUGUAGAGGCACGGUGAGAGGUACUGAGGUGUGUUACCAGUCCGGUCCGGCCCGUUCCUGAUCCCCGCACAAGGCCAGUGGUGUGUGUUCCCAGUACGGUCCGGCCUGUUCCUGUCCCUCGCACCAAGCCUAUGGUGCGCGUCGCCAGCCCGGUCCGGCCUGUUCCUGCCCCUCGCACCAAGCCUGUGAUGCGCGUCGCCAGCCCGGCCCGGCCUGUUCCUGCCCCUCGCACCAAGCCAAUGGUGCGCGUCGCCAGCCCGUCCCGGCCUGUUCCUGCCCCUCGCACCAAGCCAAUGGUGCGUGUCACCAGCCCGGCCCGGCCUGUUCCUGCCCCUCGCACCAAGCCAAUGGUGCGCGUCGCCAGCCCGGCCCCGCCUGUUCCUGCCCCUCGCACCAAGCCAAUGGUGCGCGUCGCCAGCCCGGCCCGGCCUGUUCCUGCUCCCCGCACCAAGCCUGUGGUGCGCGUCGUCAGCCCGGCCCCGCCUGUUCCUGCCCCUCGCACCAAGCCAAUGGUGCGCGUUGCCAGCCCGGCCCGGCCUGUUCCUGCUCCCCGCACCAAGCCAGUGGUGCGCGUCGUCAGCCCUGUCCGGCCCAUUCCUGCUCCCCGCACCAAGCCUGUGGUGCGCAUCGUCAGCCCGGUCCGGCCCGUUCCUGCUCCCCGCACCAAGCCAGUGGUGCGCGUCGUCAGUCCGGCACAGCCCGUGCCUGGUCAGGUACCGGUCAGCUGCUCCACACCGGAGCCUAAGCAAUCCGCUCCACCGAUGUCCAGUCCAGCUCCAGCCAGCGGGGCCAGACCAGACCAGGGGCGCUACGAGGGGGUUGUUAGAGGGUGGUGGUCACGCCCGGAGCCGGAUCCGCCUCCGAGGUGGAAUGCCCACCCGGCCCCUCCCCUGUUGGGUUUAUGUUGGCGCGGUCGCAGCUUUUGGGGGGGGGGGGGGGGUACUGUCACGCCCUGGCUCUGGGGACUCUUGUAUGUUGAGCCAGGGUGUUAGUUUCUUUGUGUAGUGUCUAUGUUUCGUUUUCUAUGUUCUGUUCUAGGUUAUGUGUUUCUAUGUUGGCCGGGGUGGUUCUCAAUCAGAGGCAACGUGAAUCAGCUGUUGCUUGUUGUCUCUGAUUGGGAACCAUACUUAGGCAGCCUGUUGUGCACUUGUGUUUUGUGGGAUCUUGUUCCGGAGAGGUUUGUGUUUGUUAACCUUAGGACUUCACGUAUCGUUUUGUUGUUCGUGUUUAAAGUACUUAUUAAAAGAUGUACGCAUAUCACGCUGCGCCUUGGUCCGUUGCUUACGACGAGCGUAACAUUGUUACAACAUCUGGCUGAUGUUUGUCCAUUCUCUGUGUCUGUUAGGUCUCCCAACCACAAUAUUGUUGGUGUGGGUUCUGACACGAAACUUCUAUGAUAACAGAGGGUAAGGAUGGAAACUAGCAUUUGCUUUGAACUUGCUCUGAAUUUAUAUUGUCAUGUUGCCUAUAUAUUCAUACAUGAAUCAUAAUGUAAUACUGUUGGAGGUUGGUAUUAAUACGGUACUGUAUGAUAUCAUGUUGUUCUGUCCUGAUGUAGUUGCUGGGACGACACCGAUGUGACCUUCAUCUGGUGGAUUAUCAAAGGGCCUAUAACUGCAUCACUGCUGGUGAGUAGCCUAACACUUACCUAACCCUAACCCUAUCCUCAAAUCUAACCCUGACCCUAGUCUCCACCCUAAACCUACCCCUAGCCUCAACUCUAACCCUAACCCACCCUGUGUUGUAAAGUAUUCAGCACUAACUCAUCCUCUUCCUCCACUGCUUAAGGUCAACUUCAUCAUCUUCAUUAAUGUGAUCCGUAUUCUGGUCCAGAAGCUAAAGUCUCCCUGUGUUGGGGGCCACGAUACUGGCCACUUCAUGUGAGUCAUCCCCCCCCACACACACACACACACACACACACACACACACACAUAUAACGAUGGUGGUUCGGUGACCACACUUAGAACAGUUGUAUUGGCUCCCCGAAUAAAUGCAUAGGUAUUGGGCUAGUGUGUUAAUUGCUGUUCUGGUGCACAGAACACUCGAGUUCACACGUAAGACACACACAGACACAAAUACAUUAUUGUGAUUAUACUCUCUCUGUCUCUCUCUCUCUCUCUCUCUCUCUCUCUCUGUGUCUCUCUCUCUCUGUCUCUGUGUGCAGGAGGCUGGCUAAGUCCACCCUGUUCCUGAUCCCUCUGUUUGGGAUGCACUACAUGGUGUUUGCCUUCCUACCAGAGAACACAGGAGAGGAGGCACGCAUCUUCAUAGAGCUGGGUCUGGGAUCCUUCCAGGUAGGUGUGUGUGCGUUUCUGUGUCUGUGUGCGUGCGUGCGUGCGUGCGUGCGUGCGUGCGUGCCCACAUCGCGUGCGUGCUCACGUGUGUGUGUGUUUAUGCAACGUACAGCAUGUGGCAUGCAAUGUGUGUCUGUUGGGGGUGAGGCUGUCUGAAUAAGUGUUAGAGUAAUUUUUACAUAAUAUAUGAUUUUGUAAUAACGUAGCUAGUUAAAAUGGCCUGAUGUACAACUCACUUUCUAUUCCUUCUUCUUAGGGCUUUGUUGUGGCUCUGCUCUACUGUUUCCUGAAUGGAGAAGUAAGCAGGGGGGUUACCAACAGAAUUAGAAUUUUGAUUGAAUAACAUUGAAUAUCCUUAUAAUUUACUGCUAUCUCAAGUCUCUGAUGUCCAGAUUAUCUUAAGUACUGUAUGCCGUGUAUGGACCUCUCAAUGUGCUUUUAAGGACAGAGUGCUUUCUCUGCCUCUCUCUCUCUCUCUCUCUCUCUCACAACUAUUUUUCUCUCUAUAUAUUGCUCUCUCUCUCUGUGUUUGUGUGUGUGUCUGUCUAGGUGCAGGGGGAGCUGAAGAAGCGUCUGUGGAAGUGGCAGACCCAGGGCUAUCUGAGCUACAGUAGGAGAAGACGCACCCUCUUCACAGAGAGCUCCACCGUCACACAGAUCUCUGUGCUGGAGAAGUCCUCCCCCAAGGAGCUGCCCUGCAUCAGUGACACACACACUCACACACACCGACACACACUCACACACAGCUCUGUCUCAAUCUGUGACGACACACACAACUCUAUAGAACUGUCUCUAGAGAGGGCUCUCUUU